AUGAGGGUGCGUAGUUCGGGUCUCGUCUCGAGACUAGAAGCAGCUCUGAAACCCCCGAAGCCUCAUCAAAGACAUUCCCUACAAUGCUUGUCCCCAAUUUCUCAAAGGAGAGGCUUCCGCAAUGACUCAACGCGAACCCCACGAGCCACGGACUUUGCUUUCGCGUUUGACAUAGACGGUGUCCUCGUCCGCAGCGCCAAUCCCAUUCCCUACGCCUCCCAGACACUGCAAUUCCUCCAGCGAAACUCCAUCCCCUUCAUCCUGCUAACCAACGGCGGGGGCAAACAUGAGUCUGAACGUGUCAAAGACCUAUCGUCGAAACUCGACGUCAACCUCGAGACCUCAAUGUUUGUACAGUCCCACACACCGUUCGCAGAGCUUGUCCACGGCGAGAAGAACCUGCGGGACAAAUGCAUCAUGGUAGUGGGCGGCGAGGGCGGACGUUGCCGCGAUGUCGCAGAGAUGUACGGCUUCACCAACGUCGUCACACCGGGAGACAUUUACUCAGCACACCCAGAAAUUUGGCCGUUCAGCAAGCCGUUCUUGAAAGACUACUACUCCUCUUUUGCCCGCCCACUACCCAAACCCAUCAACUCUACAUCCCCCGAGGAAAGUCUCAAAAUCGACGCAGUCUUCGUCUACAACGACCCACGAGACUGGGGACUUGAUCUCCAAGUGAUCCUUGACGUCCUGCUGUCCCGAGAGGGCAUCAUGGGGACAUAUUCGUCCAAAAACGGUGACCUCUCGCUGCCUAACUCGGGCUACCUCCAGGACAACCAGCCGCCACUGUACUUCUCGAACCCGGACCUGUUGUGGGCGGCCAAAUACCAUUUGUCGCGCCUCGGACAAGGCGGCUUCCGCGAGUCUCUCGAAGGCCUCUGGCGCGCCGUCACUGCGCAUUCCCACGGCUCCAACACCAUCGCGCCAGAAUUGUACAAGACCGUCAUAGGAAAACCGUACACGGAGACGUACUCGUUCGCAGAGAGCCUUCUACUACGGCAUCGUGAUUCAUUGUUCGCUAAGGAAGGUGCCUCGACGAGCUUGAAGAAGGUCUACAUGGUGGGCGACAAUCCAGAAAGCGACAUCCGUGGGGCGAACAGCUACGAUUCGCCGCACGGAGUCGAAUGGGUGAGUCUGUUAACCAGGACCGGUGUGUUUCGAGAUCGGCCGGGCCAUAAGCCGACGUGGGAGCCGAGAGCCAUCGUCGAUGAUGUACGAGCUGCGGUGCAGUAUGCAUUGAAAGACAGUGGGUGGGAUCAGCAGCCUUUGGAAUAG